UCGUCAUUGUCUCCUGUGCCGACUGCCUCACAUAAUUUCUCGCCGUGAUCCCCGCGUAGAAACAUCACAUUAUCUAUGCCUUCAGCUUCCUCGUGUCCAUGAUGCUCGCACCGAGCGUGCCCCAGACCUUUCGCCCGGAUGGCAGUGACAAAUUUCUAGGCUCCCUCUCCGUCACGGUCUACAUAUUAGGAUUCGUAUGCGGGCCGCUCUUAUUCGGCCCGUUGACAGACCUAAUGGGCCGAAUAAUAAUACUCCAGUUUACGGCGGCCCUCUACUUCAUAUUCACCAUCGCUUGCGCGCUGAGCACCAGCCUUCCAAUGCUGAUCGUAUUUCGUUUCAUUGCAAGCUGCUUUGGGGGAGCGCCUAUGGCAAUAGGCGGUGGUGUAGUCUCAGAUUUGUAUGCAUCUGGAAAGCGGAGGAAAUCAACGCCCUCGCUACAGAUGAGAAGACCACGUUUCUCAAGACCGUCAGAUCCAAUUGGAAUGCUCACCACGCUUCUCGCACCUUAAAACGUUCCGUCACGAUUCUCGUCGUUAUUACUCGUCACCUCCCAGCUCUAGUUAUCCUCAUCCUCAUUGGUAUCUUCAACGGCCUUGUCAAUAUGAUACUAUCGACCUUAGGCUCAGUGUUUCAGUUCCAGUACCAUUUCCCUCCAGCCACAGCUGGUCUAUCCUAUCUGGGUCUGAGAAUUGGUGGUAUGGUUGGGCUAGCAGUGACGCCUCACCUAUCUGACUCUUCGGUAAAUUUCGACCGCAUCCGGACGGGUCGAAGCGCCCACAACAUGCGCUUCCAAUGAUGAUAAUAGCAGGUCCGUCAGCGUCAAUUGGGCUGUUCUGGUAUGGCUGGUCUUGUCAGGCCGGGAUAUUCUAGCUGGUCCCCAUAAUUGGACUUGCUGUCUUCGGAUUCGG